ACAUGAAGGCAGGAUGACCUCUUCUACUUCUGCAUAUAGUAGCUCCUCAGAUCUUUAAAUUCUGAGAAAGAAAUUUCAUCCGAGGCAGCACUGUGUCAUGGAAACCAAAACAGAUGACUUAACAAAACAUAAUAAAAUGCAAAAGACCCUAAGAAUCUGAAACUAAUGAUAUACCAUAUGUUAACUGAAUUUAAGAUUAGAAAAAACAUAAAAAAAGACCACAACAAUACAUUCAAAAAUCAUGCUAUGAUAAAAUGAAUCUAAUAUAAAACAAACCAAUGUAUACCCUAACUUUCUUAAACAUACAUAAAUAUGUGUCAAUACCUUGAAUCAAAGGAAAGAGUUUCUAAUAACUCACAGAAAAAUACACAUGUAAGCUGUUUGUAUCUUUGAAGCGUGAUUUCUCUCUCAUUUAUUAGAAUCCGGCUAGCCAUUAUGUUAUCAAUGUUUACAGUAACAUUAGGAUUAAGGUAAAAAUAUUUACCUUGCUAGUUUUCAUUCAUAAGCCCACACUUUUCAUUAAAUAUUCCCUAAAACGUAAAUACCUUAAAAUUUAAGCUGGAACAAUAAUUUUUAAAAGUUGUAGCAGUAUUAUACUAUGUUGUACACUGAAUAAUAUAACACUGUGUAUUAACUAUACUAGAAUUAAAAAGCUUAAUAAAAUUAAAAGUUUUAACAGUUUUAGCUGGAAUUCCAUAAGCAAGGACAUAUGUUAGGUUUCCUAUGUAUUGUAACUACCCUUUUCAUUUAUUUUUAAAAGAAAUUCAAUGUCCAUAAUACUUUUAAAUAGCACCAUUGAGAUUUAAUGCGCAUACCAUACAGUUUGCUCAUUUAAAAUGUACAAUUCAAUGGUUUUUAGCAUAUUCACAAUGUCUGUGAUAUUAUUCUAAGUUAAAUGUUGUGACCAAUGUAGAGAUCAUGAAAACCUACAGAAAAGAUGUAAGAUUCACUAGGCCUAACAAGAACACUGCAUUACUAGUCAGUUUUUCAUAAUUGGUUCUUCGCAGGAUCAAACGCUAUAUUAUAUAAAUUAUAUUUACUAUAACAUUAUUUUAAUAUAUUUCUAAUUCAUAUGUUUACUUAUAGUUCAGUCCUAGCUCUAUACUCUCCUGUCUUGAAAUGUGAAGUGAGACGAACGUUAAUCUAAAACAGAAGUAUUAUUAAAACCAGAGUAUACAAGUUGAUGAAUGCAUAUAUCCUAACUCUAAAUCCACUUAAACUAAAAGACAUGAUGCUUUAUGACGAAGCAUUUAGACUGUGUAACUCAGCAAUGCAACGUUUACAGUCCUCUUCCUCUUUGAAUUACAGCAGCAGCAGCAGCAGCAGCGCUGGUAUAUAAAAAACCAAAGCAGCAUCCACAUCCCCUUCACAUCCCUGAGGAGGUCUCUGAACAUCUCAAAGCACAUAAUCCCUCUAGGAUCUAAGCGCUAAAGUUGCAACCACAGUUUAAAAUAACUAAACCGUGGUUCCUGAUUUAGCUACACGAACUACUUUGUUACAAGUCUACACCAAGUUUUAAAGUGUAACUCAAUGAUUAACGCUAAGAAUUAAAAACAAAUAUUUGCCCUUCCUUCACAUGAGACCGAAGUGUAUUCUUCUCUCUUGUUCAUUUGGUUCUCCACUUAUACAUACUCAGUUUUGGCUAGAGAUAAAAUCUUCUGGACUUCCCAGAAGAACUAUGGGAAGAACACUCUCCCUGAAGAAAAGCUUGUACAUACGAAUACAGAACAGCCUCAUAAGGAAGCUGACUGCUUCAAAUCUUAAUCAUCAAAGUAUGAGAGUAAUAAAAGACCAACUGUCAAAACAGUUAUGAAGUGCUGUAUAUGACAGAUUUGGGUCUCUACUUAACUUGCAGCCAUAGAAUCAGCAUUUAUUGGCAGUCGCAAAGACAGGAAAGGGGCAGACUUCACCAUACCAACUUCUAAUAUUUCAAAUAAAUAAAAAUAGCAGUGGAAAAUUGUCCUUGUUCAUUUCUAUAAAAACUCAUCAAGAAUAUUCCUUCACCCACGGUCUAAUUUUACAGGGCCCAAUUAACACAGGGUAGAGAGACAUUGGUACGACGAAAGGCCAGUCCUUAAUCCAGCAACCCAAACCUGUCAGGCCUUUUCCCUGUUUAUGGGGAGAAAAGAGUGAAGAAUGGAUAAUAAUAUGGUUUAUAUAAAAGCUACAGGACCAAGUUCUUAUAGAACUAUCACAUGGUUAAGUGAGAACCAUUUUUCAUGUCGUAGUAGCCUUAAUUCAAAACGAUAUAUAUUUUUUCUCAACGUAGUAAUAUUAUCUCGUUUUCCAUACGCAGCAUAAAUUGUUAUUAAUAAGUCUCAGGAACAUAUCCACAAGCGGGGUUAGGAAGUGAGUACCACAUUGGUUCAUGUUUUCCUAUGCUUCCACCCUGCGAUGAAUCAUAGCUGUCAAUGACACAUCGUGAAAACAUGUACAAAUCUACCUUAUUCACAGCAAGAUACCACCCCAAAGUUCAGAACUCCCAAAGCCAGUCUGUAGAAUAAAAGUCCAAGUACUAGUAAUACACAGAAACCCUAACUCUUCCUCUACAAGUCGGCUUCUACUGUUGUACGCACACUUCUAGACGGAGCGAUUCACUGGUUUCAUUACGAAAGUAACACGGGUAUUUGCCAUUACUAGGUGGUACCAUUAGGUUCCUGUCGGCCUUGGGUACCCCCGCGUCCCAACCCGUUUGUUUGCCUCCUGUGUCCUACACCCCACGCCUGACUUCACAAGCGUCUUACGACUGGAACCUGCGGUCGCUCUCCAAGCCCUUUCCUCCUCUAAGAGGAGAUGACCCUGGGGAAGCUCGCUGGCUGGCCAUUUUCACACCACGUUUACAGCAAGCCUAACGGGAACAUCAUUUGUCUAAAAAUGAGCACAUUUCCUGUAAUCUGAAGCUGUGACAGCAACUCCUGGUUAAGAAAGAGUUAGGGACUGAGCAGGAAAAGAGGAGGAAACCAACUGCAUUCAUUUCCUCGCUGCAGAAGUAAGCGGUGCAGACAACUGCCCGGGGUAAAAACAACAUCAUCGAUAUCAUGACUCCUGCUGUCCGUGCAACUCUUCUAAAGAAGUUCCGACCCUCUCCUCCCGAAUCCACACCGGACUCGCGUUCACCCCAUACGGACGUUGCCAUCGGGCCUUCCGGGGGAGCCUCCUUGCUCAGUUCCACACGCAGCGCAGGCAUGACCGCGUCUGCGGAGGACGCAGCUCUAACUUCUCCCCCCACCGCUGUCAGACGGAAAGCCCGCCCGCCCCCUUCCCCGGGAAGCCGAGCGAGCGCCGACGGUCUCCAGGCCCGGGCAGGGGCGGCGGCACCGGGCGGCUCUGGCGCUGCGAGCAGAGCCCGCCGCCGCCUCCCAGGGCACAUUCCAGAGGCGCGAGUCACGGCCAGCGCGCCCAGAGGAAAAGCCCCGGCCCGGGCUGCGGGGCCGAAGCCGCGGCGCGCCUCCCAGCUGUGCGGUUCCGCGCGGGCCUGCGGCGGGGGCAGGGAAGGCGCCGUCCCCGGGGCGGGCGUGGGGGAGUCUGCGCGCCGGGACAGGGGGACACCUGACAGGGCUUCGUUCCCGGACGCCUCGAUCGUCUUCGGGAAGGCCGGGGACUUCGCGCGCUCUGUUCUUAAGCUCUCGCUUGGCGUGUGCACUUCGUGUCACCGAGUGCUUCCCUGCCGUGUCGCAGGGAUCCUGGAGUAACAACUUAGUGACGGUGACAGCUGCAGGGACAAGGCCUGGCGUCUUCGGGACAAAACGGUGACACUCCGCAGACUGCUGUGCAGAGUAAAAGCCGGUGAGGUGAAGAAGACUGCCAGCUGCAGACCCAGCUGCCAUCACGGCGCUGUUAGCAAAACAGAUGAGCAAAGACUGGAUUCCAGCGGGAGCUUUUUGGGUGGGGGAAGCAUUGGCAUGCAUUGAUGGCAUUGCCAACGUCUCAUUAACGGUUCAACUAGGCUUUAAGUUCCGUGAGGGCAACAACCGUGUUGUUUACUGUCAUAUCUCCAGGCUAGCCCCUGAAUGAAUAAACAAUACCUCCCUUCC